UCCUUUAACUUUAAUCACAUAUAAUACUUCUUGAGUUCACCAUUUUCACUCGUAAAUUUCCACCAAACCACACCACCAACACUAGUGCCCAUUACUUCAAAGAACAAGAAGAACAAAAAAAGCAAUGAAACUUUGUAUUAAAAAAAAUUCUCUUCAUGUUCUUCUCGUUUACUAUAUGAUAAUUAUAUUCUUGCAUUUCGUUCACCAAUCAAAUGCGUCAAUACAAUCUUUCGUUUAUGGUGGAUGUUCACAACAAAAAUAUAAUCCAGGCACGAUUUACGAGUCGAAUGUCAACUCACUACUCACUUCCUUAGUCAACUCAGCAUCAUACGCAAAUUUCAACAACUUCAAGAUUUCCAUGUCCGGUUCGACACAAUACGACGUUGUAUACGGCCUCUUUCAGUGCCGCGGCGACUUAGGCAGUUCCGACUGCCGAAAGUGCAUCGCUGCGGCAGUGAGUCAGCUCGGAACGCUCUGCCCAGUCUCAUGUGGCGGAGCGUUGCAGCUAGACGGAUGUUUCGUAAAGUACGAUAAUGUUUCGUUUCUUGGCGUUGAAGAUAAAGGAAUAGUCAUGCAUAAAUGUGGACCGUCGAUUAUCGAUGAAUCGGAUAUGAUGACCCGAAACGACGGCGUUUUGACGUAUUUAUCAUCUACGGGUCAGUUUUUUCGGGUUGUUGGGUCAGGGAAAAUACAGGGUGUAGCCCAGUGUACACAAGAUUUGAGUAUGAGUGAGUGUGGUGAUUGUUUAUCGGAGGCGAUCAGACGGUUAAAAAGCGAGUGUGGGUCCUCACCUUGGGGAGAUAUGUUUUUGUCAAAAUGCUACGCGCGGUUCUCGGAGCGUGGAUUCACGUCUAAAAGCGGAGAUGAAGAUGUUGAAAAGACACUAGCAAUAACAAUUGGGCUCAUAGCUGGUGUGGCAGUCCUCAUUGUUUUCCUUUCUGUUCUAAAUAAGCUUUGUGAAAAGAAAGGUGGUAAAUAAAUAAGGGAUGCACAUCUUGUCCUUGUGAUAACUUUUUUUCUCCUUAGCUUGUCACUUGGGUAAAUUGCUUUUUUUGUUGGUGCUCUUUAGCUUUUGUAAAUUAGUUUCCCACUUUAUUUUCAAGUUUCCCUUCCUAUAUCUUCAAAAAAAAAGACUCAAAAGGUUAGCUAAAAGGUGAUUGGCCUCAUCUUGCAAUAAUAGUAGCUAAUGUAAUGGCCUCUAUACUCUUUUGUAAAAGUGCUCACUUUCUGCUAAAGAUAAAUGUGGAGUUGGUGCACUUUUUGUUGUGAAUUAUGCAAUUUGUUA